CAUAUAUGGGGGGGAUUUAUAUAAACAAAAUGACCCGGGACUGUCGACGGCAUAGGUCGAACCUCUCGAGUGAUCUCUGUGUAAUUUCAUUACCGACUUGUAAAUUCCUUUUCUGCAAGAUGAAGGUUUUGAUAGUGCUCAGUAUCACUAUUGGCGUUUGCCUCGCUCAAAGAAGACCAGUACCUCAAGGUUUCCAAGCCGAAUACUCAGAGGACCAACAACCGCAAGCAGCUCAAGCGUCCUCUCAACAGUACCAACAAGAACCACAAUCGAGACAAAAUGAAAGACAACGAGAACCCACCACCCCCAUUCCGAUCAUCAGGUUCGAUAAGGAGCAAGGGAAUGACGGCUCAUACAAAACGGCUUGGGAAACUGGCAACAAUAUUUUCUCACAAGAAGAAGGUUACUUAAAGGAACUGGGACCCGAUCCACAGGAAGAGGGAGCCAUUCUGAACGCCCAAGUACAACAAGGCUCCUACUCCUAUACAGCUCCGGACGGUCAAAUUAUCACGGUAAAUUACGUAGCUGACGAAAAAGGUUUCCAUGCCUCCGGAGACCAUUUGCCAACUCCGCCACCAGUUAGUGCCGAAGUACAGAAGGGAUUGGACUUGAUUUAUGCCGGAAUUAAGGCUCAGGCGGAAGCAGCAGAAAGAGAAGCGAAAGAAAACCCCCAGGGCUUGAAAAACCAAAACCAAAUCGACCAAGAUUUCAACGGCAAAUAUAGACAAUAAAUCAAUAUAAUAAUCGAUUGUAAUUAAUUACUCGAGAAAUAUCGCAAAAAAAAACUGCCAUGAAUUUGUAAAAACUGUAUUAAAUAGAUGAAACGACUGAUGAUUUUAGAUUAUAUUUAAUAUGCUUCCAGUUCAAACAGCACAAAAUUGAAAUUGUCACACAAGUAGUUAUAUAGCGUAGUUUGUAGUUACAUAAAUAAGUUGAAUAUUUAUAUAAGUUUUUAAUAAAUCGUGUAAUUUGGUUA